UUGUAAUUGCAACUGCAACUGCAACAGCAACAACAACUACAAUAAUAUUAACAACAUCAACAACAACAACAAAGAUAACGACGCCGACGACUACGAGGACAACCAUAGCAACAAAUUCACGAUGAAACUGUGGAAAUCAAAAAAGCCCAUUGGCUGCGUGCCCGGCAAGUCAAGCGCACUCAAACAGGAGCAGGAGCAAGCGUCCAAGCAACAACAACAACAGCAACAGCAACAACAACAGCAGCAGCAGCAGCAACAGGAGAGCAAUGGCAUUGCGCUGGCGCCCAUGCUAUCCGUUGACCGCGCCAUGAGUCCCGCACAGUCCGAAGACUCUGGACUGGCACCGGAACGUGGCACGACCUAUGCAACAAUUACACUGCCACGCAAUGCCCUCAACUUGGCUAUCACAUUUGCAGAACGCAAUGAUCUAUCAUAUCCACCUGUUAUUGGCGCUCUCAACCCAGUGGGUCACGCUGCCGAUUUCUUGGCGCCAGGCGAUCGUCUACAUCAGAUCGAUGGCAUUUCAACGAUUGGCCUGAGCAAUCAAAAGAUUAUGAGCCUGCUGUGCGCAAAUGGGGCCGAUGUCGGCCCCGCUAUUGUGGAGAUCGAAUACUCGCUGCCCGAGUACACAGUUUCCCAAAAUAGUCUCUAUGUUACCUCGAAACUGGCGCAAAUCACAGUGGAGCGGGAGAGCGGCUGUCUGGGUCUGACGUUGCGCGGGGGCGCAGACUAUCCCCUGAUUGUAACACACGUGCGUCCGCACGGUCCCGUCUACAAAACGGGACGCAUAAAGCCCGGUGAUCGAUUGCUGCGAGUCGAUAAUGUCUCACUCAUUGGUAAGACGCUGGCAGAGGCGCAGCAGAUCAUCAAAUGCGGUGGCCAUGUCUCGGGCUAUACGAAUCUUACCAUCGAGUACGAUGUCUCUGUGGUGCAGAGUGUCGAGUUCUCGAUGGGGCCCCUGCUCAUUGAAAUCGAGCGGCCGAUGAACGAUAAAUUGGGUCUGGUCUUGUGCAAUUAUACGAAUGUCAGUGUGGCCAACGUUUCCACCUCUCUGACGGACAAGGCGGACGAGGUGAUGCCAGCGGGCGUUUAUAUAGCGAGCAUACUGCCCGCAAGCAUCGCAGAUCGUUGCGGCGCCUUAUCAGUUGGGGAUCAAGUGCUCUCCAUCGAUGACACGAUGAUCGAGCACACGACCUACAGCCCGGACGAGGUAAUGACCAUAUUGGAUACGAGCACAGGACGGGGCUAUACACAGAUGCAGAUAAUGCCUGCACAUGCGCUUGCGCGACGUGGUCACACAGCGCUCGGUAGUCCCAAGUACAGCUUCAGCACACUAGAGUCCCGCAAGUCGUCCGGCCGACAACGUCAACGCUUUGUCCGCAAGAGUUCGCUGCCCCUGGAGACAAAUGGCGGAGGCAUGGCUGCCGGAGUGGUGACAGUAACCGCUAAUGGCAGUAGCAGCGGCAGCGGCAGUGGCAGUGUUAGCGGAAGCGCCAACGGAAGCAUGCAUCAUACAACCAGUCUGGGGCUGUGCCGGGCCGAGAGCUUUCCCGUGCUGCUAGAUUGCAGUCAGGGUGCUGGCAUAGUUCUGGGCACGGCCAGUAGCUGCGGCCGGGCCGUGACCAUUGCCCAGAUUCUGUCCGACUCGGUGGCCGACCGCAGUGGUUGCAUUCAGAAGGGGGAUCGCAUUGUGGCGAUCAACAAAAUGUACAGCUUGGACGUGCAUGCCAUGAGACAGUUGUUGGACGGAAGCACAAGCGGGGUUGGAGGGACAGGAAGUGGCACGGCACGGAACACGACCGCAGCUAAUUGGCUGGAGCUGGAGGUGGAGUUCGAUAUGCCGGAUGCGGUGGUGCCCUCCAGUGGCGUUUUCAAUGUCAAGCUAGUAAGGGCCGGCAAAUGUGGUCUGGGGUUGAGUGUAAGCGGCUCGAGUCAUGGAGGCUUGGUAAUCUCAGAUGUGAAAAUGGGCAGCCCGGCCCAUCGGAGUGGCUCAUUGCGAGCUGGCGAUAUUUUGCUGGCCGUGGACAACCAUCCCGUGCAGCAUUUCAAUGUGGAUGCACUGCUUAAGGAGACGACGGCCUCAACAGCUGUGGGGACGGCAACGACGACGUCGCCAAGUCAGACCACAGCGGCCGAUUACACAACGCUGACGAUAAAGCGGGUCAUGCUGCCGGACUUCCUGUUCGAUGCACAGCAGAAGCUACCGCCCAACCCCAUCUACAGCAAUUGUCCGGCUAGCCCCAGCGACCACGAGCUCUACAGCAGCGCCUACGUGGCGGCCAAGUACGCCGAGGUCAAGUACAAUGAUUGCAUUUCGCUCAAGUCAACCACGCCGCAGCCGGACUACUUUCGUGGUCCCAGUAUGGACGAGGGUGGUCUGCAGUCGGUGCAGUUGCGUCAUCAUGGCACCACCGGUGCGUGGGCAGCCACAGCAGCGGCUGCAGCCUCCGGUAGUGCAACCCUGGGCCGUUCCUUUGCAGUGCCCAAUACGCAGAGUCUAAAUACCGAGCUGCCCGAGGAGGAGGAGGAUGAGCAGCAACAGCAACAGCAACAGCAGCAGCAGCAGUCCCAUUGCGGCGGCUAUGGCGGCUAUGAGCUCAUCCGAUAUGCCAGCGUCGACUGCACAGCCCUGCCACCGCCCAUGGAGAACAAAGUCUAUGGGUCGGCGGCCAGUUCGAGCAGCAAGAGCAGCGGCAGCAGCCUGCAUCAGAUCAUAUUUACGGUGCGUCUGGAGCCCAAGGGGGGUUUGCUCGGCAUUACGCUAGCGGGCAGCGAAGACAUCACCAAGCCCAUUACCAUUAGCGGCCUCGUGGAGGGUGGUAUUGCGCACAAGAACGGCCAAAUCCAAGUUGGCGAUCAGCUGCUGGCGAUCGAUGAACACUCCGUGCAGGGAAUUCCGCUGUCGCAUGCGACCGGACUGUUACAGAAUUUGGGCGAUAUUGUGGAUCUGAAAAUACUGCGGACACACGAGCUCGUCAACGGAUAUGGGACCAGCGACAACAUGGUGGCCGGCAUGCCCCAGCCCCAGGCUAUCUACGCCAAGGUGCAGCGGCGACCGCGCAGUCCCUCCGCCAACACAGACGCCAGCGGUGGUGGCAAGGAGCAGCCUAAUGGUGGCGGCAAACAGCGAGAUUUUCGCGUCACGCUCUACAAGGAUAAAGUCUAUGAUGACUAUGGGUUCUCCGUCUCCGAUGGCCUCUAUGAGCGAGGCGUCUUUAUCAAUCGUAUACGCACAGGUGGCCCAGCGGAUAUGUGUGGAAUGCUAAAGCCCUUCGAUCGCAUCAUGCAGGUCAAUGAAAUGAAGACCCAGGACUUCGAUUGUUGCCUGACAGUGCCGCUGAUCGCAGCUGCCGGCGACAAGAUCGAGAUGAUCAUACAGCGCACGGAGUGAUGUUCCGCUUAUGAUCCGCUCAUCGCCAAGCUUUAUUGCAUCGUGUCUGCCAAAUCAAGGAUUCAAUCUCCCGAAAUAUUUUCACAUAUUUUUUUUUGCCAUUUUUAGAUUUAGGGUAUCUGUAAGCUAGCUAUAGGUGAAAUUUUUACCAUACUAAUGUCACAAGUGGCGGCAUAUCAUGAAUUUCUCAGAACUCCAUGUUCGUGAGCAUACGUAUUAAUUUCUUUUCUUAUUUCACGCGAAUGCCUUAAAUGUUCAACGACAAUAAAUAAUCACA